AUGGCAGAGAUUUUUCUGCAACAUUAUGAAGAAAAAGCUUUAAUACAGGCACAAUAUCUUGCACCACCAAUACGUGUAAAAUCAUUCAAAAGGUUUGUUGACGAUAUCCAUUCCCGUUUUAAUAAUGAGGCAGAAUCAGAAUGUUUUCUUGACUUGUUAAACAACCAACACACAAGUAUCAAAUACACAAUUAAAAAAGAAAGUGACUCAUACACAAUAAAUUUUCUUGAUCUCUCAAUACCAAAUAACAAAUCUGGAACAUAUCUUUUUAAUAUCUAUCGUAAAGAUGCAAUAACAAAUGUGCAAAUAAUGCCGCAUUCUUGUCACGAUCCAAAAAUAAUUUAUGGUGUAUUUAAAGGUUUUAUCCAAAGAGCUUUUGCAUUAUGCAGUAAAGAAAACAUAAACCAUGAAUUAAAUAAUCAAUUAAAAAAGAUAUUUAAAAAUGCUGGCUAUACUCCAGUUUUUAAAUCACCAAAAAACCUUCAACAAUUAAUAACUCAAAAAAACAAUCCUCGACUUCCCAACAAGUAUUAUCCAGGAGUCUACAAACUGGAGUGUUCGUGUGGAAAACUUUAUGUAGGUGAAACAAAACUCAAGUUUUCAAAUCGCAUUUACCAACAUCAAAAUCAUACUUCUGAGGGAAAAUGGAAAAAUUUAGCUGUAGCGGGGCAUUCCAGAAAUUACCAUGGUGCCUUUAGCUGGAAUAAAAACAAUACUGUUAAAGUAGAGGAAGACUAUUUUAAGAGAAAAGUGAGAGAGUCUUUGGAAAUUCAGUAUCACCAGUGCUCUCCAAAUGAAGGUGGUUUGAAUGAAGACGACGGCGAUUACGUCACGUCGUCGUUUUGGAAACCUUAUUAUUCUUAUUUAAGACGCAAGAACACAAUACAUUGA